AUUAGCGGCUUUUUCUCUCUUUAUAAUCUCCUCCAUUUCCCUUUUUUUUCUUCCUUGUCCCAUCCCACGUUCCUUUAUAUUCUCUCUUUUUGCUUAAUCCUCUAAUCACUAAUAUAACCCCACUAUAACUAACACUUUACCACAUUGUGAGAAUAUUCACAUAUGGCUAUUUCCUUUCUUUCUCUCUUACUCUUCUUGUCCUCUUUUCUCUUAAUUCCUUCCAUCUUUGCCUCCUCUUCCUUGCAAGAUCCUCAAUAUGUUGUUGAUCAAGUUGAUAGGAGCAUAAAUGUGUCAAGGAGAAAUUUAGGGUAUUUGUCUUGUGGCACAGGGAAUCCUAUAGAUGAUUGCUGGCGUUGUGACCCAAACUGGGCAAAACACAGGCAAAGGCUAGCUCAUUGUGCUAUUGGCUUUGGCAAGAAUGCAAUUGGUGGCAGAGAAGGCAAAAUUUACGUGGUCACAGACCCCGGCAACGAUGAUGCUGUUAACCCUAAACCAGGCACUCUUCGGUAUGCUGUUAUUCGAAAUGAGCCAUUAUGGAUCAUUUUUGCUAGGGAUAUGGUGAUUCGAUUGAAACAAGAACUUAUUAUGAACUCUUUCAAGACUAUUGAUGGAAGAGGAGCUAAUGUUCACAUUGCAGGUGGACCAUGCAUAACCAUACAGUACGUAACCAACAUUAUCAUCCAUGGAAUUCACAUACAUGAUUGUAAGCAAGGGGGAAAUGCUAUGGUGAGAAGCUCCCCAACUCACUAUGGGUGGAGGACUAUAUCAGAUGGUGAUGGAGUGUCCAUAUUUGGUGGAAGUCAUAUUUGGGUAGACCAUUGUUCCUUGUCUAAUUGUAAGGAUGGUUUGAUUGAUGCUAUAAUGGGGUCCACAGCAAUUACCAUAUCUAACAAUUACAUGACCCAACAUGAUAAAGUUAUGUUAUUGGGACAUAGUGAUUCCUAUGUCAAAGACAAGAACAUGCAAGUAACCAUUGCUUUCAAUCACUUUGGAGAAGGACUUGUUCAAAGAAUGCCAAGAUGUAGACAUGGUUACUUCCAUGUGGUGAACAAUGACUAUACUCACUGGAAAAUGUAUGCAAUUGGUGGGAGUGCUAAUCCCACCAUUAAUAGCCAAGGCAAUAGAUUCCUUGCUCCAAACUACAGAUUCAGCAAACAGGUGACAAAGCAUGAAAUAUCACCAGAAAGGGAAUGGAAGAAAUGGAAUUGGAGGAGUGAUGGGGACUUGAUGUUAAAUGGUGCAUAUUUUGUACAAUCAGGAGCUAAAGCCUCUUCAAAUUAUGCUAGGGCUUCAAGUUUAAGUGCUAAGUCUUCUUCACUAAUAAGCUCCAUUGUGUCCAGCCCCGGAGCCCUAAAUUGCCGGAGAAGUUAUCAUUGCUAGUUGAUUAAAGUGUUUCUUAACAAAGACGAGAAAAAUUUAUUUUAUGAAAAAGGACGAUGUGGAUUAUAUUGAAGAAAAAAAAAGGGAAAAGGACAAGAAAUGCUCUAUUGUAAUUUUAAUUUUUUUUUGUAUUUUUCUGUUUAUGACUUUUUAACUUUGAUUAUUCAAUACAGCCUCUGAAUGCCUAUUCUCAGCCACUAGGACUUAAAAAGCUCCCAUUCUAACUGGUUUCUUUGUAAUACAAAGUAAUUAAAUAUGUUGCUAUAAAUUUGAAUCUUGUGAAUGUCUUUA